AUGGCGUGCUUCUUGUGGCCUUUCUUGGUGUUGGCCGUUCUGCAAAGAUCAAGUAGCCAAAGCACGGAGCAAGAACCUUGUACGUCCAGCUCAAUUCUACGAAUGAUCCGGGACUUUGCACCAGAGUGCAUCUCGGCUUGCCCGUCUGUCUGCUUGCCUUUGGAAGGCCUUAUCUCCAGUGUCAUGAUGGGUCAGGACCCCUUCUUGACCAUUUGCCCAAAUUGGCAGACGUUCUACUGCAUGGCCUUGCCAGAUGUGUUGGAAUCCUGCACUCCGCUUCUGGAUGCUGCAAAAACCUACGUGGGAAUCAACUUGCCAAGGAGCGGCGAACAGCUGAUGGAUGUCUGUGAAGUUUCAAGCACCUCAACAACAAGAGUCGGAACGCAGACCGGGACGUCAACAUCUGCAGUCGUGACAUCGUCGACUUCACAAGAGCUGGCCGAUACUUCCGCCGCCACCACGGAUGCUACUAGCAAAACAAGUGUCACAUCGACCGCAACGGCUUCAGCGACAACCACAGCCACCACAGCUGCUGUGACUGCAACCGUAACCGCCACCUCCAUUGCUUCUGCGAUUUCCUCCACAACGUCGAGCGACCCCCGAGAGCAAGAACAUGCCUUGCUCAACAGAGCUCCGGACAGUCUUUCAAUCUCCCAAGAGAGAGCAGCUGAGCCCACAGAGCAACAAACAUCAACGGAGCGCAGGCAGAAUCAGUCGGAGGAGGUGCUGAAUGCCAGCGAAAACUUUUCGGAAGAUUUUGAUGAUUUUCGGGAUGGCUACGUCGUUGAUGCUUCUUGUCCUUCUGGUGCCCUUUGGGCACUCCUCCUAGUGCUGGCGAAUUCGGUGUGA